AUUGAAAAAAAAAAAAAAAACCCCUCACCAUUUCCUUCCAAUUCCAAACCCUAAACCUGCCCUUUUCAUUUCUUUUCCCUCCAAUGGUACCCUUGGAUCCCCACUCCUUCACCGACUCAACCCACCCUUUAACCACCCACAUCUCCCUAUCCCUCUACUUCGACUUCCCUUCCUCCACCAUCCACGGUGCCGCUCUCUUCACCCUCUCCUCCCCUCACUCCGGCCCACUUUCCCUCGACACUCGCUCCCUCUCCAUCCACCAAAUCCUUUCCCCUUCCACCCUUUCCCCUCUCCCAUUCUCCCUUUCCCCCUCCCCUGACCCAAUCAAAGGAAUCCACCUUUCCCUUUCCCUCCCAAACGACAACACCCUCUCUUCUUUCCUCAUCACUUUCUCCACUUCCCCUUCCUCUUCCGCCCUCCAAUGGCUCUCUCCCCCUCAAACGUUUAACAAAAAACACCCUUUCGUUUACACUCAAUGCCAAUCCAUUCACGCGCGCUCUAUUUUCCCAUGCCAAGACACCCCCGCCGCCCGAAUCCGUUACUCUGCUUUACUCAACGUGCCUCGAGAAUUGUCCGCCAUUAUGUCCGCCCGCCACGUGGACAGGCGGUUACCUGUUUCCGGUGAAGGGUAUUCCAAUUUGUUACCUAAUGGGUUUAAUUCUUUAUGGUGUUCUGAAACGAGGGUAGUCGAGGAUUUUGACAUGAACCAGCCGAUUCCGCCUUAUUUGUUUGCAUUUGCGGUUGGGGAGUUAGGGUUUAGGGAAGUGGGGCCGAGGACUAGGGUUUAUUCGGAGGCAGUGGAGGGUGUUUUGGAGGCUGCGGCUAAGGAGUUUGCAGGGACGGAGGAGAUGAUAAGGCAAGGGGAGAAGUUGUUCGGGGAUUAUGAAUGGGAGAGGUUUGAUUUGCUUGUUUUGCCACCGAGUUUUCCUUUUGGUGGAAUGGAGAAUCCGAGGAUGGUGUUUUUGACCCCAACUGUGAUUAAAGGGGAUGCCAGUGGGGCGCAGGUGGUGGCACAUGAGCUCGCGCAUAGUUGGACGGGGAACUUAAUUACUAACAAGAACAAUGAGCAUUUUUGGUUGAAUGAGGGGUUUACAACAUAUGCAGAGAGGAGAAUUGUUGAGGCUGUGCAGGGUGAAGACAGAGCUGUAUUAAAUAUUGGGAUUGGUUGGAGGGGCUUAAAUGAGGAAAUGGAGAGAUUUAAGGACAACCUGGAAUUCACAAAGCUCAAAACCAAUCAAGAAGGAGUUGAUCCAGAUGAUGUUUAUUCUGAAGUUCCUUAUGAGAAAGGUUUUCAGUUCCUAUGGCGCAUUGAACGUCAGAUUGGAAGACCAGCCUUUGAUGAAUUUAUCAAGAAAUAUAUUGUCACCUUCAAGUUCAAAUCAAUUGACACUGAGACAUUUCUUGAUUUCCUGAAAGCAAAUAUCCCUGGAAUAGAGAAAGAGAUAGACCUUGUGUUGUGGACUGAGGGGACUGGUAUUCCUCCAGAUGCAUAUGAACCAAUAUCCAAUCUAUACACCAAAAUUGUAUCAUUGGCAAAUGAAUUCAAACUUGGGAGGAUGCCCAGGGAGGAUGAAGUUGCUGAUUGGCAUGGGCAGGAAUGGGAGCUUUACUUAGAGAACCUGCCUAAAGUUGUAGAGGCUUCCCAGGUCUUAGCCUUGGAUGCACGCUACAGGCUAUCAGAAUCAAAGGAUUAUGAGGUAAAAGUGGCUUUUCUUCAACUAGCCAUUUUAUCCAAGUGCAAAAAUUUCUAUGGCGAGGUGGAGAAUACAUUGAAGGAAGUUGGGAGGAUGAAGUACCUUCGUCCACUUUAUACUGCUCUAGUACAAGGUACCGAAAAUGAGGAAGAGAAGAUUUUGGCCAAAAGGGUGUUUGCAGAGGCUCGUGAGUGUUAUCACCCCAUAGCUCAAGGAGUUGUUGAGUCAAUCUUUGCCAAGCACCUGUAGAAUGGUACGCAACACUAUGUAAUAAAUACUACAUCAGAAUCUGACCUGAAGAUGAUUAGGCCUAUAACGCCUACUGAUUUUGUUGAUAGAUGCUUCUUGCUUGGCUGAUAUGGCUAUUUAGAUAAUGCAUACUGUUUAUCUUAUGCUUAUAGUUUUCUUUAACACCCGUCGAAUGUUGAUUUUGUUCUGAUUCUAUUCCACAUAACUAAUCCAAAGAUUGAAGGGAAUCUGAAACUUUUUGACUUUA